CAAAAAAAAAUCAAAUUCUCUUUGCAUUUGUGUUAUCAAGGGCUACGAUUACGAUACAGCAACAAAGUUCUGCCUCAUUUAAUUUAUUGCAUUCUCGCCAUGUUCGGUUAUUGAACGAGGGAAAAAAAAAACUUUCUCAACAAACCUUGCUGCCGCUGCUGUGCACCUUUCAAACCCGAAAAUUAAUAAAAUGUACACGCUGUGCAAGCUACUGAUUGCGCUGUGCUGUUUCACAACGCUAGCCCACAGUUCCCGGGUGCUCGAGCUCAGCGAUCGGUUUCUGGACGUCCGGAACGAGGGCCAAUGGUUCGUGAUGUUCUAUGCGCCCUGGUGCGCUCACUGCAAAAAGCUCGAGCCGGUGUGGGCGCUCGUCGCCCAGGCGCUGUACAACACGAACAUCCGGGUCGGCCGGGUUGACUGCACACGCUUUACUGCCGUGGCGCAGCACUUUAAGGUCAACGCUUAUCCGACGAUUAUUUUCGUUAAAGGACCGUACGAUUAUGUGUACAACGGAGAGCGUUCGAAGGAGGAGCUGAUCCAUUUCGUGAACCGCAUGUCCGGCCCACCGGUGCAGCUGGUAACGCGUGCGGACAGUAUCGACAUCCUCAAGUCGAACAAUCCAAUCUUUUUCACGUACGUCGGCAAGCAGUCGGGAUUGCUGUGGGACGUGUUUUACAGUGCGGCCGAGUCGUACCAGGCGCACGGUUACUUCUACGCCACCUCGGUCGAAAUAGCGAAGCGGCACUUUGACGUGGACACGGUCCCGGCGGCGCUGGUGUACAAGGAGCGCAGCCACUACUACUUCCCCUACUCGGACAACUUCGAGCGGAUUGAGCCGGCGCAUCUGAACGACACGCUGUUCCGCUGGGUGAACGAGGAGCGGUUCGCCACCUUCCCGAAGGUGACGCGCAGCAACAUUCACCAUCUGGUUCAGACGCAAAAGUAUCUCGUGCUGGCGGUGGUGGAGGAGAACAAGCUUAGCGAGAUAGCGGCCCACGAGCAGGAGUUCCGCGACAUGGUGGAGAUCUUCGUGCACAAGAACAAGCACAAGUACCACGGGCGGUUCCAGUUCGGCUGGGUCGGUACGCCCGAGCUGGCCCGCUCGAUCGCGAUGGACAGCCUGCCGACGCCCCAUCUGCUGGUGCUGAACGCGUCGACCAACGAGCAUCACAUCCCCGAGGAUGAUCCGCUCCAGCUGACGCCGGAAGCGAUCGAGAUCUUCCUCGACAGCAUCCACAACCAGACGGCGCCCACGUUCGGUGGCAACUCGCUGCCGGUGCGCAUCUACCGUGCCUGGUUCGAGGCCAAAACGUCCCUGUACGAAAUGUGGAUCGGCAAUCCGGUGCUCACGACCGUGCUGUUCGGGCUGCCGCUCGGCUUCCUGUCGCUCAUCAUGUACUCGAUCUGCUGUGCGGACAUUCUCGACGCCGAGGAGGAGGACGAAGGGGCCGACCAGCGGCACGAGAAGAAGGAGUAAGGCGGUCAGGCGCACUGUCAGGUGGUGUAAGUGCGGCUGGCCCAUUGAAAUCCAUGACAGUUUGAAACUCGGCGAGGGGGAAGGCCCACUUCCACACUACUACUUCUAGUCAUACCACUUGGUUUGUCUUCAAACUGUAACGAUGUGUCCAUUCCGGCGAGGCCCGUUGGGGUUUGGCGGCCAGAUGCUCCGAGGCCGAGGCCAACGACUUACCACACUUUACAUAAGGUACAAUGUAUUAGGAUCAUUUUAGACAAUUUUUAACUCCCGGCAGCUAUCUGUCACUUCCACCACUCCGGCCGCGCACACGGCUCCGGAGGGCGGUUUCGUACGUGUUUAUGUGUGCGUGUGUGUGUGUAUGUAUCUGAUGUAUGUUUAGAAUGUUCUCAGUUUUAGGCAGUGGCAAUGGAGCCGGAAGAGAAUCCUCUUAAUUUUUACCC